AUGGCAGAGCAAGAGCAAGUCACGCGCUGCCUUCGAGAGCUGGAGGGUGUCGUACGGACUCUGGGCAGUGACUGGUGUGUCCGCCCUUAUGGGAGCAGUGCCAACGGCUUCGCCGUCAAAGGCUCGGAUAUGGACGUCACAUGCUUCCGGGCCGGCAAUGUGAAUCAGGAUUGCCGACAGCCCCUGUCACGGCUGCAGACUCUUCUGGAGAGCCUCCCUCAGUUCAAAGUCACGGAGGCAGUCUGGGGAGCCCGCGUUCCCAUUCUGAAGCUCAAGUUCGAGGAUCUGGAUGUGGACUUGUCAUGCCAGAACUUGGACGCACUCCGCAACACGGAGCUAUUCAAGGCAUACUCUCGACUGCAUCCUGCUGUGUGGCAGCUUGUCGUCUUGGUGAAGUGUUGGGCGCGUGCUGCCAACGUGUGUGGCGCCCCCGAUGGCUACCUGUCCUCCUACUCCUGGACUCUUAUGGUCAUCUACUUCCUGCAAGUUCAUCCGGAGUUGCAGAUGCCAUGCCUGGACACCGAGCCAUUCAGGCAAGGCGCCACCGUCGAAAGCGGUGAAAUGCCCACUUGGAACUGCAGUCGCCCACCCCACUGGCUGCUAGAAGCCUUCUUCAUGUUCUAUGCCGGCAGUAGAGAUGGCUUCCGAUGGGGGACAGAGGUGGUCUCCGUUCGCCUCGGCAGGCGCGUGCACUCGGGGGUCGAGGACUUUAGCCCGCUGGGCUCGCGGAGAGCGAUGCGGCUGCACGUCGAGGAUCCUUUCCUGAGAUUUCGCAAUCUCAACUGUGUGCUCGGGAAGGCGCAGGAAAAGGACAUGCGCAUGAAGAUUGCGCAAGCGGCACGGGCCAUGGAGAACUGUCUCCUCCCAGAAGGCAUGCAAGGUCUCAUUGAUGCUGCCAAAGCUUCUUUGGGUCCAAAGCCCGGAGCGCAAUCUGAGCUUGUUGGGCAGCCUUCGCGACCGCUACAGCACCAGGACUGGGAUGGCUUUUGGGAUGAGGCCGUGCCCGUCGCGGCACCCCACUGCGCGAUUGCCUCGACUCCAGAUCAUAGUGUGGGUGCCACAGCUGCGGACCUCUCCCGGACGUCUGCAGCCGAGUCUGCCAGCGUUGGCUCAGGGAUCUCUCCCUCAUUGCCAUCGUCUCCACUUUGUCCUGCAGAGUGGAGUGUCGAAGACGUCGUGGAGUGGCUGCUCACCUUGAAGUAUGAUUGGAUCACCAGGUACACCGCCUCCUUUGCUCAAGAGGAAAUCGAUGGGGUGGUGCUGCGAGAACUCACCUCGAAGGAGAUGAAGGAUGAGCUUGGGAUUGUGGAGCUGGGCUACCGAAAGGUCCUCCUGGCCGACAUCCAGGCGCUCUUUGCGCGCGGAGCGCCUUGA